AUGGCUCUUGCAGCUCCCCUUCCUGAUGUUGGUGGAAACCAGGACUACAGAGAGGACUUGACCCAAGGCUGCCCCAGCCGGGUCAAAGCCGGAAUGGAAAUUGGUUCCGAACCCAACGGAACCCGGCGCCGGGCGACGCCGGGUCACGUGGCUGGCGGCCUCCUGACGUGCGGGCUGCGAGGCAUCACCGCGACGUUCGGGCGACCUACCGAGUGGCCCCACCUCCACCACCUGUGCGGUGGUGGUGUCGUCAUGGACCUGGGGCCGAUGCGCAAGAGUUACCGCGGAGACGGAGAGGCAUUUGAGGAGACUCAGCUGACCUCCCUGGACCCCAUGAAGCAGUUUGCUGCCUGGUUUGAGGAGGCUGUCCAGUGUCCCGACAUAGGGGAAGCCAAUGCCAUGUGCCUAGCUACCUGUACCAGAGAUGGAAAACCCUCCGCCCGCAUGGUGCUGCUGAAGGGCUUUGGCAAGGAUGGCUUCCGUUUCUUCACUAACUUCGAGAGUCGAAAGGGAAGAGAGCUGGACUCCAAUCCCUUUGCUUCUCUCGUCUUCUAUUGGGAGCCCCUCAACCGCCAGGUGCGUGUGGAGGGCUCCGUGAAGAAGCUGCCAGAGGAGGAGGCUGAGUGCUACUUCCGCUCCCGCCCCAAGAGCAGCCAGAUCGGGGCUGUGGUCAGUCACCAGAGUUCUGUGAUCCCAGAUCGGGAGUAUCUGAGAAAGAAAAACGAGGAACUGAAGCAGCUCUACCAAGAGCAAGAGGUGCCAAAGCCAACAUACUGGGGCGGCUACAUCCUGUACCCGCAAGUGAUGGAGUUCUGGCAAGGCCAAACCAACCGGCUGCAUGACCGGAUCGUCUUCCGGCGGGGCCUGCCAACAGGAGACUCCCCCAUGGGGCCCAUGACCCACCUGGGGGAGGAAGACUGGCUCUAUGAGAGACUUGCACCCUGACUUCCGAUCUGCUGGUGCUGACAGGAGCCGGAGGCUGGGUGCUAAGAGAGGGUGUGGGGUUGAGAGCCAGGCCCUUCUAAACUCAUCCCAUUUCCCUCCCCGCCCCUUCUAUUUAAGAUUCUUCAGAGUUCAAGCUCUGAAUUCUGUAUUUUCAGUUGGCUCUCAAUUAGGUGGUGGAGUGGAGUGUAAACAGUGGCAUAGAGACUCAGAAAUGGCGGGGGGGGGGGGGGCAUCCCACAAUUAUUUUCUUGAUCUUGAAUAUGAUUUACUGGAAUAGCUCCCUCGAGAGGCAAUAGCUGGUGUGAUUCCCUUUUUCUGGAGGCCCCCAUCUGCCCUGUUACUAAUGUGACUGAGUCAUACCACUCAAAGCUAAUUGGUUCCGGCAUAAGCCAGUCUAGCCAAUCGUUUUUUUUCUUGUCAACAAUGUGAAAUUUGAAAGGAAGAGACCCUGAGUCUGAGAGGCCGUGUAGCCAAGCCGUUAGUGGCAGCCAAGAAGAUACAGCCUCCAGCUGCUGCUCUUGAAAUUCCCUGAGUGACCUUGGAUCCCUCCUCCCACCUCUAGGUUGUGCAGUUCCUCUUCCAGCCUCAAAACACCCACUAUCCCUGUGGGGCUGGAGGGGAAGAAGGGAAGGAAGGGAAGAAGGAAGUUAGGAAGGAAGUAGUUUUUCCUUAAACUAACUAGAAUCAAUUUCUGUUGUUUGCAACUAAAGGAGGCUUAACUAACUUAGUAGGAUAUUUUUAUAGCACCCUACCCUACUGAUAACUGCCUCCCAUUAUCUGAAGCACAACAAAGUGGAAAAGAGAUUAAAUUUAUUCUCUGGAGCCCCAAAGGGACCAUAAGUGGAAGUUGCAUGGCAGUAGAUUUCAUCUCAUGGAGACUUCAAAUAGCUAGGACUGCCUAAGAGGGAAUGGGCUACCUUCGAGGUAGCAAGUGUCUCUAAAAGUAUCCAAUCCCAGGUAGUCAGGAGUUUUAUAGAAGGGAUUCAUGUGCUGGUACCUAUGAGCCCAGCGGAUUUCAAUCAAGCUUUAUCUUCCGUGCUUGUUUAUGAGAACUAUAUCUGCGUGUAUAGAUACAUACACGUGUAUAUUUCAUUUUCCAGGUAUAAAGUUGUUAUAGGGAUUAUACCUUGCUGACUACUCAUACAUCCCCUUCACCUGUCUCCCCCCCACCCCCGCCACCCCUACUGAUGAUUACUCCCAGACACUGGUUUUCAUCCAGGCCGGGAUUACCCAGGGAGCUUUAAUCGGAUGUGAUUUAACUGGUCUGAGUGUGGUCUGAGCUUUGGGAAAUUUAAAAGCUCCCCAGGGAAUUCGGUGCAGCCAAAAGUUGAGAGCCCCUGGCUUAGAUCCUUGCCACAGACCGGCAGCAGCAGUACCACUUGGGAGCCCGCCCCAGACUCAUGCCUCCCAUUCUACAUCUUAAAAUUUUUUUUUCUUUUAACUUUUAUUUAUU